UGCCAUUCAGAAGUCACCGCGGAUCCCGGCGACACAUCUCGCGUAGGACAGUCAAAGCUCGCUGGCUCCCGGUUCAAAAGUUCAAUUGAGUUGCACGCGAUUUGCUGCGAAACAAUUCCAAGACGUAAUACGCGUCGGCCUCUCGUUUCCUUCGACCAAGUUGUUGACGCGAAUGCUCACGCAUAUUUCCGUUAUUGAAAUUCGCACUUUACUGUCGCUGAUUUGAAAGUGCGGGAAAAGCUCAAGAUUCCGUGUAAAAGUUCAAUUGAAUCUCUGCAAAAAAAAAUUUUGCCUCCGCAAAAAAGCCUUCUCAUUGACGCAAGUGCUCACGCACGUUGCGGCUGGAGAAGCUCGCAUUUUACCGUUGCUAUUUGAAAAUUCGAAAAACUCGCAACCCAUCGCAAAAAGUUCACGGUUUCCCCACGAGUUAUUUUCUCUGCGGUGUAGUUUGGGUAAAGCCCUUGUCAGUGCGGUUACCAAAGCUGCAGGUUCGGGAAUUCAAAAUUAUUUUAAAAAAUUGAUUACAGAAACUUAAACUGUGCGUGUAACGUUUACACUCGCCGGUAUUUUUUUCACUAUCUUCCGCAAUUUCCUAAACUACUGGGCUCAAAAAGAGAGGAGUCUCUAAGUGCGAAUCUAACAUCCCUCAGUUAUUACUUCCUUUUCGCGAUAUGAUGCGGGUUCGGCAUAGCGGUACCAGCUUAAAUUGCAGCGCUGAAGACACUUAAUCAUCGUCUUCCCAUCACCGAAGACUCUCAACUUUUAAAAGUUCAAAGCUUGGACAAAAAUACACUCAUUAGUUGCCACAAUACUGUCCGCACGUCCACUGUCAUAAUUCUGAUUUGUCAACUUAAAGUUCAGGAGGGGCUUCCAGCAUUAUUGUAAGAUUCAAGAAUCGAACCCUCGAAUUCGGAAAGUUCAAAGCUCGGACAAAAACACUUUUUGACUGUCACACUUCUCCUUAGCCAUCGGAUUUUUUUUAUGGCAUUUUAAAACACAAACGUUUACUCGCCGUCAUAAUUUUGGCCGUUAGCUCGAGGCUCGUCGUAAAAAACACUCUUGUUUUCGACCGCGAUCUACGCCGCACCGGCGCGGGGCGUUAAGGCAGUAGCGCUGCGUGUUUACAAUGUAACGUCCGCGGGUCGAGCGUUAUAGUCGAUCAGCGUCGAGCGAUUGCACUGCAUCCAGUUAUUUCUCGGCUCAAUUAAAACAUUAAGCUUGCACCGCGCGUUAAGUGGCGCGAUCGCUCCCUCUCGAGCCGGCGAUAUUUACGUGUGCCCGGUAGAAAUAUUCCAAUAACACCAUUCAUAUUUCAAGUGUUUACCGUCCUCCAUCCAGACGAGUGCUCCGUCCCCAUAAAACACACACGCCCGCCGGGAAACCCAUGAGUCAAACUUCGAAUCAUUCCCAGAUUGGAUCGAUCUUUUUUCGCUGAGAUUUAGUCGCCGACGGCCGAGGUCCGAGAUAGCACUUGUAUGAACUUGAUGUCGUGUCUUCUCCUAGUGCGGGAGUUUCGUGCUGAAACCGCUGAAAUGGUCGUCGAGUGUGAAAACGUGUCCGAAGAAUCGCUGGAAGAGCCAAGUGUCUUAAUCUUUUUCAUCUCCAAAGCGCACGCUUGAAGGUGUUUUUUAAACUCUCGUCACCUCGUGAACUUUAAUUAAUUAGCGUCUUUAAAGUUUAUUUAUUUUAAUUUCAAGUAUUUAAGUUGUCUUCGCUUCUCAUUUGUUUGAAAACUCAUCGUGAUAGAUCUGAUUUUCAAGAUGAUUGCGACUCUCAAGCUUAUCAAAGAGAAAAUUUUCAACAAAACUUUGCUGGCUGUGAUAAUAGUUAAUUCAAUCAAUAUUGCUACGGGUAUGGGUCAAGGUUUUUCCGCAAUUCUGCUACCUCAACUUGAAAAUAGCAAAGAGUUCUUUAUCUCUCAAGAGGAAAAAUCAUGGCUCGCCAGUCUCGGAGUCAUCCUGAAUCCCGUGGGCGCCAUGGCUGCCGGUGUCAUCAUGCAGUUUGCAGGAAGGAAGUACACUUUGAUCGGCGCCUGUAUUCCAUUUUUCUUCGGGUGGUUGAUCAUAGCAAUGAGCACAUCCCUCGCAAUGCUCUACGUGGGCCGGCUUUUAUCUGGCUUGGGAAUGGGUAUGGCGAGCGCGGCCUACGUCUACAUCUCUGAGAUCAGCACGACCCACGAGCGGGGGCUCUACUCCUCGUUCGGGCCGACCGGGACCUCCUUCGGGGUGCUCACCGUCUACUUCCUGGGCUACGUCGCCGACUGGAAGACGGUGGCGUGGAUCUGCGCCGCCACUUGCGCCCUCAACGCCCUCUCCAUCUGCUUCAUGCCCGAGACGCCCUCCUGGCUCGUCUCCCGGCAGCGCCUCCCGGACGCCCUCCGCUCCCUCGUCUGGCUCCGGAGGAACGAACUCGUCGCCAAGAAGGAACUCAACGACAUCGUCAGCCACGCCGUCCUCGAGUCCCAGGUCACAAGGAAGCAGAGGACCAUCCUCAGUAUCCUCCGCAAGGCCACCGUCUGGAAGCCGACUGUUAUCCUGGUGGCGUUCUUUAUCCUCCAGCAGGGCUCCGGGAUCUACAUCAUGCUCUUCUACUCCGUGACUGUCUUCCAGGAGAUCCAGUCUGUUCUCAACCCCUUUGUCGAUUCGAUCAUCGUGUCCGUUGUCCGGCUCUUAACGUGUAUCAUCGGAUCCGCGUUCAUCCAGGUGAUCAGCCGGAAGCGAUUGGUGAUCCUCUCCAGUUUCGGGAUGUUCUUCUCGAUGCUGAGUCUGUUCGCCUACGGGAACAUCGCGAGUGACGACGCGACAGCUCGGCUGGUCCCGUGGUUCCCGGAGAUGUGCCUGCUCAUCAACAUCAGCUUCAGCAUGUUCGGGACCCUCCAACUCCCCUGGAUCAUGAUCGGCGAGCUCUACCCGCUCGCCUACCGCGGCAUCAUGGGCGGCCUCAUCUCAUCCGUCGGCUACGCUCUCAUCUUCCUCCACGUCAAGAUCUUCCCGGCCAUAAGCACCGUCAUGAACAUCUAUAGCAUAUUUUUGGUCUAUGGCCUUUUCUCGCUGGUCGCCAUCGUGUUCGGGAAGGUCUAUCUCCCCGAGACCAAGGAUAAAGAGCUCCAUGAGAUCGAGGAGAUUUUCAAGAAGAAGAAGGGUGAGGUUCAGAAAGUUGAUGAGAAGCCCAAUCAAACUCCAAUUUUUAUCUGUAAUCCCAAGCUGCCGUUCGUGCCUAUGCAGGAGCAAGUUGUGUUGAGCGCACCACAAGUGUGAUUGAUUUUAAGGUGUUUUUUUAUGAAACCGAUGGUUUGUUCUGCCUUGCUGAGUAAGAACGCCGUAUGAGCCAUCAGGUGUUGCCAAA